GGACUCGCGUGCCAGAUUGGAAACAACUGAGGAAAAUACUUCCACUGAGGGUUCUGCCAGCUUCUGGAAGCCAGCUGGCCCUUCCAUCUUCUGCCUUCUUCAGUGUUUUUCUUCAGUGUUUUGUCAUUCCACCCCAGCCCUAAGGAGUCUGAGGCCAGAGAAUCACCACAAGUUUGACAACAGCUUGGCCUAUACAGUGAGGCCUAUUUCAAAAAAAAGCACAAUGACUCAGGAAAGCAGUUACGGGAGGUGGACCAUAUCCAGCAGUGAUGAAAGCGAGGAUGAGAAGCCCCCACGACCUCCAUUGGAGAAGCCAUGCACAUCUUCUCUCCCCCAUGCUCAGCAGGGAGCCAGGAAUGAGCCAAAAUACACCUGCUCCGAGGCUCGGAAAGCUGCGCACAGAAGACAGACCUCACCUGUGAAAUUCAGCAACACAGAAUCGGUUUCACCUCCCAAGAAGCAGAAGAGUGGUUCCCAGGAAGACCUAGGCUGGUGUCUGUCCAGUAGUGAUGAUGAGCUGCAGCCAGGAUGGCAGGAGCAGCAGCAGCCUCAGGCCAAGAACAUGCUGGUCAAAGAAGAAAAGGACAUCUCCUCUCCCAAACCUGGUGCUGCCCCCAAAGCCCCAGAUCUUGGCCCUCCUGCUAGCCACAGGCUCAGAGAGGAAAAAGAUGAGUACGAGACAUCAGGGGAAGGCCAGGACAUUUGGGACAUGCUGGAUAAAGGGAAUCCUUUCCAGUUUUACCUCACUAGAGUCUCAGGAAUUAAGGCGAAGUACAACUGCAAAGCCCUGCACAUCAAGGAUAUUUUAUCUCCUCUAUUUGGGACGCUUGUUUCUUCAGCUCAGUUUAACUACUGCUUUGAUGUGGACUGGCUCAUAAGGCAGUAUCCACCCGAGUUCAGGAAGAAACCAAUCCUGCUUGUGCAUGGCGAUAAACGCGAGGCUAAGGCUCACUUGCAUGCCCAGGCAAAGCCUUAUGGAAACGUUUCCCUCUGUCAGGCAAAACUGGAUAUAGCAUUUGGAACCCAUCACACGAAAAUGAUGCUCUUGCUGUAUGAAGAAGGCCUCCGCGUCGUCAUCCACACCUCCAACCUCAUCCGAGAGGACUGGCAUCAGAAAACCCAAGGAAUCUGGUUGAGCCCCUUGUAUCCACGAAUUGACCCUGGAGCCCACAGUUGUGGAGAUUCCAGAACACAUUUUAAAGCUGAUCUUAUCCGUUACUUGCUGGCUUACAAUGACCCUGCUCUCCAGGAGUGGAUCAACACCAUCCAGGAGCAUGACCUCUCUGAGACGAAUGUUUACCUUAUUGGUUCGACUCCAGGACGCUUUCAAGGAAGCCAUAAAGAUAAUUGGGGACAUUUUAGGCUUAGGAAGCUUCUGAAGGAACAUGUCUCACCUAUACCUAAAGCUGAGUGCUGGCCUAUAGUGGGCCAGUUUUCAAGCAUUGGCUCGUUGGGGGCUGAUGAGUCCAAAUGGUUGUGUUCUGAGUUCAAGGAGAGCUUGGUCACACUGGGGGAGCAAAGCAAAAUGCCCGGAAAAAGUGUCACUCCUCUUCAUUUGAUCUAUCCUUCUGUGGAAAACGUGCGGACCAGCUUAGAAGGAUACCCUGCCGGGGGCUCUCUUCCUUACAGCAUCCAGACAGCAGAGAAACAAGGCUGGCUGCAUUCCUACUUUCAUAAGUGGUCUGCUGAGACAUCUGGCCGCAGCAAUGCCAUGCCACAUAUCAAGACAUAUCUGAGGACUUCGCCGGACUUCAGCAAAAUUGCCUGGUUCCUUGUCACAAGUGCCAAUCUGUCCAAGGCCGCCUGGGGAGCUCUGGAGAAGAACGGCACCCAGCUGAUGAUUCGCUCCUAUGAGCUCGGCGUCCUUUUCCUCCCUGCAGCGUUUGGCCUGGACAGCUUCAAAGUAAAGGAGAAAUUCUUCUCUGGAAGCCGGGAGCCAACAGGAAAGCCUCCCUUUCCUGUACCAUAUGACCUGCCCCCGGAACUGUAUGGGAGUAAAGAUCGGCCAUGGAUCUGGAAUAUUCCUUACGUCAAAGCACCAGACACACACGGGAACAUGUGGGUACCCUCCUGAUAUCCAGCGCUGUGAGGUCAGGCGAUGCUGAGCCCCUCGCCCCGGGCAUGGAAGAACGUCCAGAACACUGGACAUUGUUCUCACUGGAUCUUCACCUCCCCUAAAAGUCCUAUUUGCACCCACAAAACUGUUUGCAAAGGUCACUCGGGAACAGAGAUGUCGGUUGUGCUUUUAAUGGUUCAUUCUCAACAUUCUCACUGAAAAUAAGUGUUGUUUUCUUAAUUUCUUUUUCUCUGCUUUGGAGAAUAAGCUAUUAAACUGCACCGAGUUAGAAAUG